UAUUCAAAAUGGCUGAUGGUGUUGACGACCAGUCUACACCUGUGGAAAAAGACGAACCGCAGUCUCCAGGACCAUCGUCGCCAGUACCAUCAGAGAAGAAAAAAAUUGACCUGCUUCUGAAAGCUGCUGGUGAUGCACCAAUCAUGAAAAAGAAAAAAUGGGCAGUUGAUCCAUCAAAGAAAAUUGGAUGGGUGAUGGAGUUUAUUAGAAAAUAUAUUAAAUGUGAACCUAAUCAAUCUUUGUUUCUUUAUGUGAAUCAAUCAUUUUCACCUGCACCUGACCAAGAAAUUGGAAAUGUGUUUGAAUGUUUUGGCAGCGAUGGAAAACUUAUACUUCAUUACUGCAAAAGCCAAGCAUGGGGAUGACCAGGAUUUUGUGUAUAUACAAUGUUAUUUAUAUUAUAUGGAAUUACUAUUUUACCAAGAUUGCAAUGUAGUGGAUACUUCAUAGCUGGUCAUUGUUUUGAGGUGCCGAAUAGUACUGAAGCUUGAAUGAUUGACUUAAAUUAUUGGGACAAUAUUGCAUUUGAUUGUUUGUGAUAUGUUUACUUAUCUUAUCAGUGUACAGUAUACUAGUAUUUGUAUAAAGGGGAUUACUUGAAAAUAUAAAAACUUAUACUGGAUCAA